UGCAAAACCCAAAACCUCGCGUUCAACUUCGUCUCCAUCUCCGACUGGCGGAAAAUGUUGCGAUCAAUUCUCAGAGCAGCAGCCGCCGCAACCUCUAGACAUCAGCCGUACAAUCGGAAUCCCUCUCCGAUCCUAUCUUUUACUUCAAAUUACUCAGCUAAGACAACCAAAUCCGCCGUUAAGAAGGCGCCCAAGAAGGGCAAGUCCAAGGGCGACGGCAAAGCCACCGAUGAUCCCUCGGCCUCCGCUGCUGCUUCCGACGACUUAGAUGCGGCGCUUUUUGAUGAUAAAUCUCGAGCCCGACGUCUUGCUGCCGAGGAAAAUGAUCACUCACUCGAUGUUGGCCCAAAUGGCCGCCCUCUCUUUACCUCCGCAUCUUCACUCUCACAGCUCACUCGCAAGGAUGCAGGCUCUUAUUUCAAAUUCAAUAUGGAAGGACUAAAUGAGGCACUGCCGGAGGGUUUGCCUUUGGGAAUGGUCAAAGAGUUCGAGGAUUCUAUGCGAAGUGCUGUGCUUGUGCGGCAAAAUUUUUUGGAUCUUCGCGACAAUUUCAGGCGUGUGGUUGAUCCUUCAUUGUUGUCGCCGGCUGGUUCAAAUAUUAGAAAACAGAUCGUAUUGGAUGGUCCGGUCAAUAGUGGAAAGAGUAUUGCGCUCGCCAUGCUUGUUCACUGGGCUCGCGAUGAAGGCUGGCUAGUUUUUUAUGUUCCUAGUGGGCGUCGGUGGACUCAUGGAGGAUUCUUCUUUAAAAACGCUGAAACAGGACUUUGGGACACACCUGUUCAGGCUGAAGAUGUUCUGAGAGAUUUUCUGAAGUACAAUGAGACCCGCUUAAGACAACUGCCAUGUCAAUUAUCUGAUCCUAUACCAUUGGGAGAGGGUGUUGGUGUCAGGAUGAAGAAAGGUGCUGAUUCCAUGAUGAUGCCUGAGGGUUCAACUUUAUAUGACUUGAUUGAUACUGGAAUCAAGCACACUCAUGCAGCUGUUGGGGUGGUAGUUCGUUUAAGAAAAGAAUUAUCGCUUGUGAAAGAUAUUCCCGUGCUUUUUGCUAUUGAUCAAUAUAACAACUGGUUUACAUUCAGUGAAUUUGAAGAACCAGUGACCGUUCGUUCUACUCGACCAAUACACGCUAGGGAACUCGCAAUGGUAAAAGCUUUUAGGUCUAUGAUGCAUGACGACAUGAUGGUUGGUGCUUUCUCUCAUUCAACUGCUGUUGGAAAGUUGCGUCAAGACUUGCCAGAUGUUCCUUUAGGUGCACGUGUUAAUUUCCCUCGCUACAAUCUUGAUGAAGCAGCUUCUGUUUUUCACUAUUACCUCAGACAAAGACUGAUACGCCGUGAAGCCUUCUCAGAAGAUGCCUGGAAAAAGGUAUACUAUUUGUCAAAUGGAAAUGGAGCAGAAAUGCGGUGGUUGGUACCAUUGAUGCGGUGACAGCGACACCAAUGGGGCUAAGUUUCCUCCUCGCCUGUUCACAUCGACUGGACACGGUACCAUCGCUUAGAACUCAUGCAUAUUUCUUCACUUGGAAUUAGAUAUCCCUAACCCUCACAAGAUGUGCGACAUAUCAUAGGCAUUCUGGCCUAAAAUACCGAGUCGAGUGUUUGUAUUUGUAAGUUUAGCGCACGCACAUCGGAGAAGUAACCUUUUCUACGGCACAAUUUUUAUUGCCUACUUGGGCUACACUUAUCAUCUUGUGUGUUCUUUCAUUAAUAUAUAUUUUAGGUACAUUCUUCAAUAAGGUGUUAUCUUUUAAGGAAGAACUUGAGAUGCCCAAUUGAGCCGUUAAUUUUGCAGGCCA